AUGUGGCUGCUACUAGUAGCCGUAGGGCUGCUGCCAACAUGGGCUUCAGCCCGAGAAUGCAACGCUACACUCAGCACGAUCCACACGCAAGCCGAUAUCGACGCCCUGGCGCAAAACUGCACAUCGCUCAGCCGGGGCCUCACCAUCAGCAGCGAGUAUUCUGGCCCCGUCCUUCUCCCUAAUAUCGUCAACAUCUCGUCAUGGUACAUACGGCAGGACAGCAGGGACCCACUGCGGAUCACAGCGUUCGAGAUGCCUGACCUCGAGGAAGCGAACGAGAUCCAACUUAUGCCCCUAACUGAUAUUGAGUCAUGGUCGGUCCCGAAGUUGACUACUGCCCGUGGCGUCUCUUUGGAAAUUCCGUCGUAUCUGGAAGAACUGGAUUUUCCGAAGCUUAAUUCGACCAGCGAUUUGAGGGUUGGGGGGAAUUUGACCAACGUUUCGUUUGAUUCAUUGCGGGCUGUUGACGGCGAAGUCAAGAUCUAUAACACGGACUCGCCGCUGAUGCCGGCCGAGACACGCAUGAAUCUGUCCUUUCCUGCCCUCGAGAGCGCUUUCGGUCUUCGUGUCUGGGGGAACAUUUCAAGCCUCGCCUUACCCCAACUCACAAAGCUGGGCAUCGAUAAACCAGGCUACAAUCCCCUGCCUUCAUUAUUCUCCAACAGCGGCCCUCCCUUACCACUUGACCUCCCGAAUCUCAGCUCGGUGGAAGAACGUCUGCACAUCAAGGGCAAUUUCUCAUCAUUGUCGCUCCCCGCCUUCAAGAACAUUACAGACUCGCUUGAGAUAACGGCCACCUCGCCGCUGGCAAUUGACCUGCCGCUUGAAGAUGCGACGGGGGUUUUCCUCGUGGGCCAGAUUGAGAGCGUCUCACUGCCCAACCUGCGGAACUGGACUACGUUGUACGUGAGAUCGGACCUGCCGUUCGAUUGUGAGGGUUUCAUCGAUAGGUUCAACGGGACGACAUCCGGGCCUGCGCCUGGUGAAGUCAGGUGCGAAGUCACUGGGGAGGAUCGGGAUCAAGAGGACGAGGAUGAGGGGAACUUGGCGACGAGGAGAAUUGCGGAUCUGGGUGGUGUAUUUGCGGCUGCGAUUACAGGUAUUGUAAUUGGGCAUGUUGUCAUCUAG